AUGGAAUCGCAACUCUAAUAAACUCACUUGCCUGCUACCUAAAACCAGUAAAGUGAGUCGAAAGAUCAGUAAUAGUUUGAUAACGACAACCCUCUAGGUAUAUCUCCUAAGACUAAGGUUAAAUAUCAAAACUUAGCCAAGCAAUUAAACGUUAAAAUACAUGAAAUUGAGCACCCACCAUUUGAAAUCGUGGACAAUACUGAUGAUAUUGAACCCAAACCUGCAAACAUUAUCAUCUAGAACAAUGUACAAACGAUACAUAAUCAAAUCAUAAUUAAAAGCAACAGUCUAAACUACCCCAAGGAUAUUCAAAAACCACCAUAAUAGUAAUAACAACAAUAGUAGCAGCAAUAAUAGAAUAAUUCGUCAAUCCUGUCUACUUCGACAAAGAAACCCACUAAUAAUCAAAUUUUAAAUCCAGUCAAGGACUCCAACAUGCUUACAAGUUCAACAGUUUCUACCAAAGAUUUAUCAGUAACCAAGUCAAGACACAAACAACACGAACGAUCAGAUAAAAAAUCACUUAAUGAAACAGGAAGCAAUCAUUAUGUAUCAGAUUAAAGUCAAUAGGAAAAGCUUUCCCAAGGAAAUAACUUUGAUUUGAGUGGAAAGAUUUAGGAUAAAAAAUUCUUCAAAUCUAAAAUUGAUUUCAUGGCACCCAUCAAGAGUCUAUAAAACAGAUAAAAUCUAGAUCCAUUAUCAAAUCAUUUAUCUGAUGAUAGUAUGUAUGACCCACCAAUGGGACUACCCUAGGCAGUCAUGAAUUAAAGUCAACUAAGAGGAAAGGGAGGUCCACCUACUUUGAAGGGCAGUGACAACGAGAACAAUCAAAAUGCAAACAUGAAUCAAAAUAGAGCACUAAGUUUAGUGAACAGGAGUAACCUUAGUGAUUCACAUAACUAUCAAAACUAGGUGAUUAAUAAAUAUGCAAAUUUAACUUAAAUCCAAGAAGAGACACUUUUCAGCACAAAAUCUGGUGGUGAGAGAAAGUCAUUUGGCAUUCCGAAUGGCAUGAACACUGGAAGAGGGACAUAUGGCUUAAUAGCUUUGAACAGAGGUUUAGGUAAUCGAAAACCAAGUUAAGCAGGGUUUAAGGGCAAUAAUAGUAACAAUAACUAUACCUCGAUAGCAAAUAGAAGCAUGAUUAAUCAAACCAACAAAAGAGGUAAUAUCUCAAUGGACAAUCCUCAUAUGAAUAACCACAGCAGCAUUAUAAACAAGACUUCCCCAUUAAGAUUGCCUAACUUGAAAUAAGCAUAUGUAAAGUUUGUUCAAUGUUUAUAUAUUAAAAUAGAAAAAGGAAAAGCUGGUGGUAUCUAACAAUGCAGGACCUAAACAGCAUUUGUGUACUGUGUGUGCUAAAAAGCAUCAUCCUAUCGAACAAGAGCUGGGUCACAAAGUGGCAGAUUAAGCAUCAAUAACUCUUAGAAAAGCUUGUUAAAUAAUGACUAUGCCAAUAUAGAUCGUCUCAGGUCAGUUAAUAAAUUAAAAACCAUUCCUCGAAAGCCAAGUGCAAGUGAUUUUUCAAGAAACUAUAAAUCAUUGAGCCCUCGUGUGACUAUGAUUAACAGAGCGAAUGGCAACUAAUAGUAAUAAACAAUGUAAGUUAACAGAAAUAUCAACUAGCAAUCAAGAGGGGGUGUUCCUAAUGCUAUGGUUCUCACCCCUAAAAAGGGUGUUCAAUCUGGCAAAGCCUUCUUUAGCAGUCAACCUAAUAUUUCUAAUAACACAGCAGGUGAGGAGCCGGAGCUUGUUUGCCGUGAAAAAGAGUUAGACCCUAGUAUUGAAGAUGAGAUCAAGGAUGGCUUCUUCGAACUGAAAUAGAAAUUCAAAGACCAAGGUGAAUCGUCUAUAUAUGUAUCUCAUGUAGUCCUUCAUGCCAAGCAUCCAAUAUUUUGUAAAUUAGAAAUUGAUACUUUGAAAAGUAUGCUGACUGAAAGUUCUAUUAUAUAUCUGGCGAAAGAUUAAGUUCUCUACAAGAGUGGAGGCUAGGAUAACUUUGUCUAUUUCGUAUUAUUUGGUAAGUUAAAUCUACUGGUAUCAUCCAUCAAUCCUAUGGAUGAUAGUCACACUAGUGCUAGUAAACAAAACAUUGAUAGUUAGAGUGUUAGUACUCAGGUAUCAAUUGGUAAAGCUAACAUUGGUUGGACUGUAGGAGAGGAAGUGCUUUACGAUAAAAAUAUGCAGAUUAGAUAGGAAUCAUGUGUGGCAUAACAGGAGUCAUGUCUAUUGGGUAUUUAAAAGAGCAAACUGGCAAUUAUUUAGAAGAAUCUCUUAGACAAGGGUAAUUAGAAAGAUUACUUUGUGAUAGAAAGUGUGUUAAAGGGUAAUUUCUUAAUAAAAAAUAACUGGCGCAAGGACAUGCAUGAAUACUACAGUCAUUCUUAAAAGAGUCGAUCUACGCCAGGACAGUCUAUGCUAGGCCAAGAUGAAAUAAACAAUGACAUUAGAAAUCAAGUAUUUUUAACAUGA